GUGCCGUCUUCCGUUUAGUGUCAUCAAUUUUGUUUACCGCUGCAAGUUUGCCCUAACCACCAACCACGGCUCGCUGUUCCCGACGACGCGCUACGCUGGCUGCGAGCAGCAAUGUCGAAAAGCAGCUGCUCACUUCUAUCACGGAAGGGCAUAGCGGGUGCGAGGGGGCACAAACUUUGCGUGGUCGCUCAGGCCGCUCCGUCAGGACCAGCAAGCUCGGCGCCAGGCCAUACGAGUGAGCGUCGGCCCACGGAAAAGAGCUUGAAGAAGGGGCAGCAGGGCGAUGUAUCUUGCCGAGCUAACGUGCUGGUUCAAGCACCAGCCGAAACGCGGGUGGCAGCGACAGCGAUGUUCGAGGCUGCAACCCUUCCGGCGCCCCGACCGAGCCCCACCACCAGCAAGCCGGCCGUCCCGCGGCCGCAGGCCCUUCCACUAGAGAUUGUAGAUGUUGCUGUUGUCGGUGCCGACAUUGCGGGACUGGUAGCUGCGUUGGCGGCAACGAAGGCGAACCCGCAGGCUCGCGUGACGCUGUUCGACACGGCCUCGGAGCCACCCGCCGAGAAUGACGGUGGCGUGUUGCUGUCCGUCAAUGGCCUGCGUGCGCUCAAGGCCCUCGACGCCGGACUGUACGGCAGGCUGGUGACGGAGCUGACCAGCAGCGUGCACGAGUCGUUGUUCUUCGACAUGGAGGGCCAGCUGGUGCGCCGCACGCCGCUGGGGCAGCCCGCCGGAGGCGCCGCCGGAGGCGCCGCAGGCAGCAGCAGCCGCGGCCAGCGCAUUACCUCGCGGCGCAAGACGGUCGUUGCGGCUGCCAACGCGGCGCGCGCCGCCGCGGAGCCUGACCCCACCUCGCCGCCGCUGCUGGUGGGACUGCACGAGCUGCGGGAGGCGCUGCUGGACGCGCUGCCGCCUGAGGUGGAGGUUUUCGGCCGCCACCACUUGCGCGACAUUGAGGCAGCUCCCUCAGGCGGCAGCAGCACGCUGCUGCACUUCGCGCUGUCGCCGUCGCCAUCGGCGCCCGCGGUGCGCACCGUGCGCGCCAAGCUGGUCAUCGGCGCCGACGGCCCCGGCUCCGCGGUCCGCAAUCUGCAGUUCGACACAGUCAUGAGCACGGAGAGCAGCCCCGCCGCCGCCGACACCACCACCGCCACCAGCAGCCCCAGCGUCAGCGCCGCGCAACAGCAGGCGUCGCCCACGCCGGCUCCGCCGGCCCAGGCACAGCAGCAGGCCCCUGCACGCAUCGUGUGGCGCGGCCGCUUCACGCUGCGCCCCCGCGACCCGGACUGUGCGCGCCUGCGCAACUUCACCACCGCCACCCGCACCUGGAUCGACCUGCGUGCGGCGCCCGGCACGGAGCGCGUGGCGUGGCUGUCGCCCGCCGGGCCCAACACCUUCGUGUGGUCCGCCAGCUGCCCGGUGCAGCUGCUGGCGGGGCGGGGCCUGCCCGAGGCGGCGCCGCAGGGCGUGGCCGACUGGGGCAAGGAUUCGCCGUACUGGCGCUGCGUGGCCAUGUUUGAGGACUUCCCGCAGGACUUCUUCAGCGCCAUGCGAACCACGGCCGCCGCCGCCGUCGUGGAGGCCGCCGCGCCGCGCACUGCGCCGCCCGCCGCCACCGCGGCCGCCGCCGCCGCCCUGGCGGCGCCCUGGCAGUGGUUCUCCGGCGCGGCGGCGCUGGUGGGAGACGCAGUGUACGGCAGGGCAGGCGCCUCGCUUACGGUUGAUGACGUGGCGAGUACGGCGCUGAACCUGGUGCUUGAGGACGCGGCGGUGCUGGGCGCGUGCGUACGGCAGCACGGCAUGACGCAGCGCGCCAUGGCUGAGUACGGCCGCAUGCGCGCGUCGCGUGUGAGUGGCAUGCUGGCGCUGCCGCUGACGUCACCCGAGCGCGUGCGGCUGCGGGAUGCCGUGUUCCUGCCCCAACAACAACAGCAGCAGCAGCAGCAGCAGCAGACCAUGCCGGCUCCGACGGCAGCGUCCGCUGCCGCGCCAGCUGUCGCUGCCGCGCCGACGGCUGCUCCCGCUGCCGUCGCGCCGGCUGUGCAGGCACCUGCGCCGGCUGCCCCCGCCGCGGUGGCAGCUCCGUCAGCGUCUCCCGCCGCCAAUGUGCUAGUGGCGGUCGCCGAUUCCGCCACUAACCGCGGCGUCGCCUCGCCGCCGGCCGUGCCGCAGCCGGCCAUGACGGACCUGAGCCGGCCUUCCGGCGGCGCCUCCCGCACACCUCGCGGCAGCAUCGACCUGCCCGCGCAGGAGCCCGGUGCCGCGCCGUCGUCUCCCAUGUUCUCGCGCCCCUCGAACGGCGCCGGCCGCGCCGCUCCCGACGCCACGGCGGUUGCGGCUGCGGGCGCCGCCACACCCGUGCCGGCGACUGAUGCCGCCGCCACAGUGGCCCCUGCCACCACCAGCGCCAGCGCGAGCGUGCCAGUGGCUGUGCCGGGGUACUCCGUGGCCACGACGCCGGCUGCGGUGUGGGACGUGCUGCUGGGCCUGCGCCCAGCCACAGCCGCCACCGGCGCUGUCCCCUCUGCCGCCGACGCAUCCGCGGCUGCCACGGCGGGGGUCGCCGGCGAUGCGGAAGCGGCGGCGCGGGCGUACUGCUCCCAGGGCACGCCGGCGGCGGUGUGGCAGGCACUACUGCUGUCGCCUGCCGCGGCGCACGACACGCUGGCCUCCCACCCGUACGAUCCCUCCGAGUCGCCCUCGCUGGCGUGGAUGGCGCUGUUGGGCCGCGCGCCCGCCGUGCCCAGCCCGGCGGCGGCCCGCGCCGCGCCCUCACCGCCCGGCUCGCCCGCCCGGCCUGCUGUCGCCGCCAGCCCGGUCGCGCAGCAGCCCGCCAGGGCCUCGGCCUCGGCAGCGGUGGGAACCAGCUUCAUGCCGGCGGCUCCGGCGCCUGCUGUGCCUGCAGUGGACCCGAAGACGCUGCUACCCAAGCCCGUGCUGAAGAAGUCGCCCCCGGCACCACCCAGCUCUACGCCGGCGGCGCCUCAAGCCCCGUCCAGCUCCACUGCUCCUCAGCAGCCGGCGGGUGCGCCCGUCGGCACGUCUUUCAAACCCGCCCCUGAAGCGCCUGCCCCUGCUGCCGCGGCGGCGCCUGCCGAGCAGCAGCAGCAGCAGCAACAGCCGGCUGCGCCGGCGGGUUCGGGCCGGACUCGCCGCUCCACGGCCGCUGACGGCAAGGCCCGCGGCUCCACGCGCCGAGAGCGCCGCCCCGCGCCGCCCGCCGCGCCGCACGCGGGCGGCAGCGGCCCGGCGCCGCGCGCGACCCGCGGCCAGGUGCGCGCGGUCAAGGCCGCUGCGGCGGCGGCGGGGGCUGCCAAGGCUGCCGUCAACAUGACUGUGCAUCUGGGUGCUGCGGCGGCGCUGGGCGGCGCUGUGGCCAGCGCGGCGCACGGCAUGCCGGUGGACGCCGUGAUGCACGUGACGCACGGCGCCGUGGCGCAGGUGGCGCAGGUGAGCGCGUUCUGGGACGAGCUGAACAGCCUGACACUGGCCUCCUCCAGCCUGAGCAGCAUGGACGUCAGCGGCAGCGUCGACCUGGCGUAGAGGGCUCCGGCAGUCUGGUGCCGGGCCGGCUGUGUGGUCUGGGUGGACCACCUAGGCUCACAUGGCUGGCGAAGCAGAGAGCGCGAGGAUGUGAGUUGUUGGGAGAGGGUGCGUGGAAGGGCGCCUCGGCCACUGCAGCCACGCACUCACGAGUGCGGAGCGGAGAUUUGCAGGAGAUGGAAAGAGGAGUAGGGGUGGAAUCAAGAGGCGGGAGUUGCCAGUGGAGAGUGCACAAUGCUACGAAGAGAAGAGAGGAUCAGAGCACGUGCCAGCAGGAGCAAUAGAGGAGGGUCAUCCGCCAGUUUCACUUCUGCGAGUGAUGCGUGCAUGUACGCCUGACUGCAUAGAGGCAGCAGCUGAGGGGGGCGCGGCAACUCUCACUGCGAAGGAACACAGGCACGAAUGCACGUGUCUGCCGCUUGUACCAUAAGACUGUUUCUUUGGUGUCUGUGCGGCACCGCACGUGAGUGCUCUGGCAGAAACGCAGAGUGCGGGCGGCUGGCACACCAUGUGGUGGCCGGACAUUCUGCUCGUACAUAUAAAGCUGCUGGAGAGACGGGAGUCCCGAGCGAAGAGAUGUACUACACAGCAAAUGGUGGCUUUGCCAAGGAUUGUUUGUCGUGAGGAAGGUGAUUGCGAGCGGCGGUCUGCGAAUUUGCGGAUCCUGACGCAGGAACAGUUGGUGCCGUUGACAGGACAUGAUGCUCAAGAGAGAUCCAGGAAACGAGAUUUGCAUGACAGGUCUGUCACCGACGUGGUUUGGGUGCAGGUGGAUUUUGAGCUGCAGAUGAGGAGAGGACCGGCUAUUGCGUAUCACGCGUACAACAUUGUAAGUAGAGUCCAAGUAAGGGGGAGAGGAUAUUAAGCAGAGUUUGCGCAAGCAUAGGCUUCAGGCGUGGCGCACACGACGUGUAUCGUUGCGUACGCGUGCACGUGCAGCAUGUGCUGUCGUGCAUCCGAAGGGGCAGUGUGCUGCUUGCGCCCCUGUUGAUUUCGUAACGCGCACCGUACCAAAGGUAGGCUUUGCAGUAUUAAGUGUUUGCAUGCGCUUCAACGAGUGGCUUGGUCCGCGGUGCCACAAUACAAACCACGGUGUGGAUCUAGGGAGGUAUAGAGCAACGGGAGGGCCGCAGCAAAGGUGUCCCCUGUGGGCAUUUCGUCAUUUGAUCGUGCGUCGAACAACCUGGUUCAGUGGCUCCCUAAAGGUCAUGGGCAACAAGGACGGGUGCCGGUGGGAGAAGGCCUUGCUCUACUGUAAUAACUUCUGCAU